CCGAAUGCUGGUGAAUGCUCUAUUCUAGUUGUUUUGGAUCUCAGUGCCGCGUUUGAUAUUAUUGAUCAUAACAUCCUUGUUGACCGGCUGGAGUGGUGGGUGGGAAUCUCUGGCAUUGCCCUCGACUGGUUCAGGUCAAAUAUAUGUGGCAGACGUUUCUCAGUGAGCAUGGGUGGUUCCAUAUCGUCCCCAGCACCUAUUCACUAUGGUGUCCGUCAGGGGUCAAUUUUGGACCCUAUCUUUAGAAUAUAAAAAAUUAUAUUAACCACUAAUCAUGUUUAGGGCUUGGUUUGGCACCAUUCUAUAUCUUAGAUCUUUUAUCUCCCUACGAGACAGGACGCAGCCUGAGAUCCUCUGGCAGGGCUACUGUUGACCAUUCCAAAGUGUAGGUUGAAGCGAAAGGAGACCAGGCAUUUGCCAUUAGGGCCCCUAGACUUUGGAAUGGUCUACCAGACGAGAUCAAGCUUACAGAUUCAGGGCCUCUUUUUAAAUCCCUGCUGAUGGCGGCCCUGAGC